GAGAACGAGGGAGUAAAGCAAAGCAUGUUGCCAGUGUUGGCUCCGUAACUCACUGUGAGCGGGGACAGGAGGGAGAGCAAAAAAAAAAGACGGAGAGUCACACAUUCACACACUCUCUCAAUCACUCUCAUCCACACACACACACACAUAAACUCCCACAUUCUCGCACAGAUUCAGAGGUGCCUUGCUGAAGAGACCUUGAUACACACGUCUGCAGGGGUAAGAAUACUUUAAGCAGUAAAAACUGGGCUAAAACUGGAGACAGGAGCACUGGGACAGACCCGACAGCUCCUGAGGACCUUCUUCAAACGGGACCUUUACAGCAUGUGAAGCCGGCCAAACCGAUAUGUGCACCAUCCAUCCUUAACAUUCCUUCAUUUCAUCCCUCCAUCCGUGCCUCCCUCCCUCCCACCUCUCCUCUCUAGUGGUGUGAAGGACACAGAGCUAGGAGUUCAUCAGUGCUCUGCCUGGUUGCCUUACGGGAGUCUGGGGGAGGCUUGGUGCUCCCCUCCGCUCUCCUGCGCUCUCACUCGUUCAUGAAUGUCACCUCUAUCUGCGGAAGCCCUUGGAAUUUACUAAGAGUCUUUCGGGAGCUUGGGGAGAGAGAGCAAAGAGGGAUGUCAGAAGGGAGAGAACUUCCGAUUCCUUUCAUCCUUAUCCAUCUGAUCAACCACAGACAUGAAGUCCAGGGUUGACGACACCAGUUCUUGACUUUUACUCAGUAUGUCUGUCUUUAUUUUUUAUUUUUUUGCAGUCAUAGUGUCAUGGAUGCGAUACUUCGGAAUCAGGUAAUGGAGUUUCUCUAAGAUUGUCUCAGGAAAUUGUUCCUUUUCCCAGUAGGAUCUGUAUUUUAGUUCAUUUCAUGCAUCCCGUUAUAGGAGGAUCUCACUGAUAUGUGGAGCCGUACAGAUAAAGCGAUAGGACAAUUUAUGCCUUUUUUCUGAACUCGCAGAAUGAUUUCUGAUCUGGGUGAUUUCUGACGAUCGAUCCCACACUAAACCGUGGAAGGGAAGAGAGAGACCAGGGCUUCAGGGAUAGAGUCGGAUAGAGGGUAUGGUGGUGCUGUGAUGCUCACUUAUCUUCCAGAAUUCCAGUACGUUUCCAUGGAUCAUCAGCUGCCACUUUUCCGGUCCGUAUGCUGUGCAACGAGACCUGAAAUACGACAAACAAUCCCAAUAACGACAGUUGCUAUUCAUCCGAAUCACAACACCAGGAAUUCUGCAUUCCAGGGACUGUUUUGAUAGGCAAAGAAACAAAUAAAGUUUAUUGUUUUGCCCCACCCCCUUACCCCUCUUAAACCAAGCCCCUUUUUGUUCCAUACCAAGUUGUGACGCAUUCUCCCCUUGGUUAUUGUGGGAGACCCCGCUGUUCUCCAAACAUCUGCUGUCUCCUGCUCCUGUCCUCCGUGGCCCUGGGUGAUCGGACGGGUGGGCGGCCCACUGACGCCCUCUGCGCCCUACGGGUGAGCGGGGCACAGCAAAAUGGCUGCCCUUGCCAGCUCACUGAUCCGGCAGCGCAGGGAAGUCAAGGACCCCCAUGCCAACCGACAGAUCUCCACCAAACGCAAGCCUUGCCCCAAGAGCAACAAGUCGCUCUGCCAGAAACAGAUCCUCAUCCUCAUCUCCAAAGUCCGGCUUUGUGGCAGUCGAGGAAGAAAACUAGAAAAAAGACCCGAGCCUCAGCUGAAAGGUAUCGUCACACGUCUGUAUUGCCGGCAUGGCUUCUACCUGCAAAUGUUACCCGAUGGCACCUUGGACGGCACAAAGGACGAAAACAGCUCCUUCUUGCUGUUCAACUUGAUUCCUGUGGGUCUGAGGAUAGUGGCCAUCCAGAGCACCAAGACGGGACUCUACAUAGGCAUGAACAGCGAGGGCUACCUCUACACAUCAGAACAUUUCACGCCGGAAUGCAAGUUUAAGGAGUGUGUGUUUGAGAACUACUAUGUCACAUACUCCUCGAUCUUGUACCGUCAAACGCAGUCGGGUCGGGCCUGGUACAUUGGCAUUAACCGGGACGGACAGGUCAUGAAAGGAAAUCGGGUCAAAAAGACUAAAGGAGCGGCCCACUUCCUGCCCAAGCUCAUAGAGGUUGCCAUGUACAGGGAACCAUCGCUACAUGAUGUUGCUGAGCAAAGCCCACCUAGGAAAACGGCCAAAACAUCUGACUCCCCCAUCCAUAAAAACAGCAAGAAAGACCACGUGCUUCCAGCCCCCACAGCCUCCUAGCGGCAGUAGAAGAAACUCUUCGCAGUGGCACAGGAGGUCUGGUACAAACAAUGUUUGUAGUCCCUCCACUGACCCUCAGAGCUUUGACAUUUCCAACAACAAACCAGGGCUCAAGAGACCCUUGCCAACAGUUCUAAUGACCACCGCACUUCCUUUCGGUCUCUCCUGCUCCUUAAUCAAGGGAAUACCGAGCAAUAAUAACCGCAGCGGUCUGGGCUCAGAAUGUGACGGCGUCGCUUUUGCGAGAACACAAACUCCUGAAAGAAAGGAUCUUUGUCUUCCUCUGCUUUUUUAGUAUUUCAAGAAGAAACACUUCCUCUUGUGAAGCGAAUCGUGCUUGUCUUUUAAACCCUCUGUUUCCUUUGUUCAAGCAUUCAUAGUUUCCCCGAAAUUCCCCGAAUUUUUUUUUUACAGAGAUCCCCCGUCGUCUCUAAGCCUUGUUUGUAAUCUCCUGUCCCUUCUCUACCUCUUCUGCGCUUUGAUUAGUUUGAGACACAGAGGCCAUUUUCCACUUCACAACACAGGAAAAGCCCCACACACACUCUCUCGUGGACCAGUUAGGGUGCCACACACACACACACACACACACACCAAAUAACAAAACAAAUAAAACUUCCCCUCCUCUUAAGAUGUUUAGCGUAAUUCGACCUUAGGCAGUGCAAACCUUUUUUUUGCUCAUUGGCUCCUGUGCUGAUGAGUCUGUGGAGGCUGGACGUGUGUGUGUGUGUGUGUGUGUGUGUGUGUGUGUGUGUGUGUGUGCACGUGUGGUGAACAGUAAUACAAUACAAUUUGUAAGGUGACUCAUAACAGAGGCAGUAGGGCGGCAUUAUUGUUUCUUUUUGUUAUGAUAAGCCGUUGUUUUUCUCAUUGCGAUAUGCCCAGAGAGCAAUAUCGGUACAGCUGCACUCUUUCUCCUCUCUUUUUAGCAUGUGUGUUUCCUUAGAGCAGGGUUUCUCAAAGUAGAUAUGCUGACUACUAAGGCUGCAAGUUUCCCAAAGUUCAUGUCCCUACAUUCAGUUAUAUUCUAUUACAUUUGCCUGAGAGCAGAGACACUUCACCCAGCCAAAUGAAACAACACAAGUGCUGAAAAGGUCCAAUUCUGCUUUAUUUUCUUCUGAUAAAAUGGGGGAAUUGGACCCGGAGGAGCUCAGAGGGAAUCAUUUUGGGAAACCUUUCACAGAGAGUCCAAACAGACCUGUAACCUCUCACCUCCGGAGGUUUUGAGAAAUGAAAAUGUGUUCUGAGUGCUAUGAGGAACCUGAUUGCAUUUCCGCCUUUGCAGUAAUAUUUCUAAUAAUGUUUUCAUGCAUAUCACCUACAUUAUAGAAAUAUGAUUUAGUAAUGCACUACCAAUCAAAAGUUUGGGGUUGGUAAUAUUUAUUUUAUUUAU